GUGAAAAGCGCUAUAUAAAUUGAAUCUAUUAUUAUUAUUAACAGAUAUUCUAGUGAUUUUCAUCUAACAUGGUGUAUUUGGAUCAACUUUAUUUUACCAUUAGUAGAUUGUCUGUCUAUGAUGCGUUGAGUGGGCGUAGGCCUGUGGUACCUACGUGUGCGUGGGUCCAGUACCUAUUGGACAGGCGUCUAUGACGUCGGGGCCUUAGUUGGAAUGUCUACCGAGGGACUGCUAUCAGGCAUAAAUAUACGGGGCCCCGUGAUACGGGAGCGUACGACCUCCGACCCUGACGUUAGACACGCUAUUCUAAGUUAGUAAACGCGUCGUAGCAGUUGGAAGAAAAAAAAAAAACAGCGAUCCGUCCUGCACAACUAUGCCGACUGACUCGAAUUGCGGUGCCGGAGGCGAGAGCGUGAAACAGCAGCAGGGUCCACGUGGAAAUUUGCCUGAUAUUCGGCUCAACAUUCAAAGACCGAUUCUAGCAGACCAGACUAAUGUGCUGACAAGCGGUAGUUUUGUACCUAUCGAGGCCAAUGUCAUUCAGCGAACCCCCGGACCAAAUCGACUGUCCAAGAAGAAUUUGAAAAGAUCGGCGGGGGUAGUGGUGGCCAUACCCUGUUCACCACUGGCCAUAGAACAGCUACAAAUUCCUUAUAAAAAGGCUCGCAAGGAUGCCACACAUAAUGGUUUAACUCCGGAGAAUAUUACCCAGGUUAUACAGGCAGUCAUAAAUCCGCAAAUUGCGCCACAUGGAGCGGCAUGGACUGAUCCCAAACACUGUGUGAUCGGGGACGUGGAGGUGUAUGUGCCUGAGUCGCCUACAGAUACCGUCACUGUGCAACCGGAUGGGACUAUACAACACGCCCAUGGAGAUCCCCAGUGUGCGCCACCACCAGAGCUGACCGCCGACGAUUGGGCUGGUCUUGACGACAUCUCGUCCUGGACUUCAUCGUUGUUGGAACAUAUCGACUUCACUCCUGCGCAGUGGAUCGACUCUCCAGCUACAUCCGUAGAGGCUACCACCAGUGCAGAGCCUGUACAACACCAUCAGCCUGCAGAUCCUGCAUCUGGACCCCUACAAGCCGUUCAAGACCCUAUCAGCGAACCCCCGUGCACCGUGAGUCCCAUCGCUCAUGAGGUAGCGGUGCCGAGGCUACCAGCCGGUCCCGCAAUUGCUGUUGAUGAACACCAUGCAGGGGUGCAAGGUGAUAAAUGGCGUAAACAAUUUGCUGAUAAACUAGCUGUGUUAACUGCGUCGGUAGAUGUAAACUCCUUAGGCAUUGCUCGUCAGCGUAAACUGGGGGUGGAGGCUGGUAAACGUGUUGACAGUAUAUAUCAGAAGCUCGAAGAACAGACGAAGAAGUCCUUCACGGCUCUCAGGGCCGAGAUUGCGCGUGAUCGUAUGAUUGCUGAAUCCCCAAACACUGAGACCAGUAAUGGUCGUGCUAUCGUUGCCCUUCAGCGUAAGCAUUUGGAUGCCGUGGCAGCUGUGCGUGUCAACACGCAGGGUAUAGAGAGAAUUAACGCGCAAGAGGGGUUAAGAGCUGCUAAAACCGCUCGAAAAUUCUGGUUAAUGCAAUCUGCUAGCGAAGCCAACGUCAAGGCCUAUCGGGCAAUGAGUACCGAGAUGUCUGUGAUUAAUGACACACUAGCAAAGCUUACGAUGAAUGCUAUUAUUUGA